AUGGAAAUAAAAAAAGAAACUCAAAAUUUACCAAAAGAUAAGAAGAAAAUAUGCCGAUUUUGUGGCAAUAAUAACUACGAGGAAAAAUACGCUAAGCAUUUAAGAAGCAAACAUAAUACUAUGAAUAACCAACUAGAUUUAAAGAUACAAAAUUUAAAAAAAGAAGCAAAAGAAAGACUUGAAGAAUUAAUAAGAAUAAGAGAAUUACUAACAACUGAACAAAAAAAAGAAUUAGAGGAAAGGUUAUGGAAAAAAAAUACUCUAGACGCCCUAGUACCCCCCAGUGAGAGAAUACAACUAAAAAGUGAGGAUUAUCAGAGAAUAAGUCAACUAACUCAAGAAACAAAAGAGUUUAUUCGCCAAUUAGAAAAGGGAACUGAGUGGGAAGGACAAAUUGACAAAGAAAUAAUAGCCAAUCGUCACAAAACUAUUCGACAAUGGAUAGAGGAAAAUGCCCAGAAAUAG